GUCGGAACACUUUGAAUCGCCCACGCUACCAUCGCAUCGCCGUCUGACAAACUCGAACUCGACGGCCGCAUGUUCGCAUUGCAAACAAGUUCAAAUGCAAGACGGAAACCAUGGCCCCACAAGAUGUACCGCUCCGUAUAGUUAGGCCUUCGGGCUGCUAUAAGACUGCUCGUCGACUCUUCGAACCAUGACACUCUGGCUGUCCAUCGCAUAUCAAAUCAAACCACUCUAGACUCCUGACAAAGAUCCAAAGUCAUCUCUUAUAACUCAAUCCCGUCUCAAUCUUUACGCAGCUCCGACCCUCAAAACUCUUCGUCACCAUGGCUGCUCCUUUCCCCUCCCCAACCAAGACAUAUCACAACACCACCUACGAUUCGCUCUCUCCCACGCGCCCUGAGCUGUCCGCCAAGGGCAAGACAGUCCUGAUCACCGGCGGCGGCACCGGCAUCGGCGCCGAGACAGCCCGCUACUUCGCGCUCGCCGGCGCGUCGCGCAUCGCCCUGCUCGGCCGCCGGGAGAAGCCGCUCCUCGAGACCAAGGCCGCCAUCCAGCACGAGGUCCCCGGCGUCGACAUCUUCGUCGCCCCGACCGACGUGACCAAGAAAACCCAAGUCGACGCCGCCUUCGCCGGCUUCCUCCCCGACGGCGCCAAGCUCGACGUCGUGGUCAGCGGCGCGGCCGUCACGGGGCCUGUUGACCCGAUCGACGUCGUCGACCCGGACCGGUUGCUCGACACGGUCGACCAGAACCUCCGCGGCGCGCUGUAUGUCGCGCAGGCCUUCCUGCGCCACGCCGUCCCCAACGCCGUGGCCGUUAACAUCUCGUCGUCGGCCGCACAUCUGAGCUUCGGCGCCGGCUUCGCGGCCUACAGCACCGCCAAGAUGGCUUGCGUGCGCCUCUGGGACUCCGUCGCCGCGGCGAAGCCGGAGUUGAGCGUCUUCCAUAUCCAGCCGGGCGUUGUGGACACGGAUAUGAAUAGGGAGGUGGGCGGUGUCAAGGCUAUUGGGCAUGAAGAUCAUGUGUCCCUGCCCGCAAGUUUCAACCUUUGGCUCGCGAGUCCAGAGAGUCGUUUCCUGAAGGGCAAGUUCCUGUGGGCCAACUGGGAUGUGGAGGAGCUCAAGGCCCGCAGAGAGGAGCUGCAGUCGACGACCCAGCUGAACAUUCAGCUGGGCGGGUGGCCGUUUGGCGAUGCGAGCUUCAAGGCGCAGUGGAAGGACUAAUUAGGCGCGGGCAGGCUUUCCUGGUCUUAGAUUUUGCA